AUGGACCUCAGCCCCUUGCCCCAUAACAGCCCUGUGCUCUUCCACAGACCGCUCCAGAUGGACAUCAUGCAGCCCAGCCGGAUUAAGAUCUCUGAGCUCAACCCUCACCUCACAUGUCCACUGUGCGCUGGAUACUUGGUUGAUGCCACGACCAUCGUAGAGUGCCUGCAUUCCUUUUGUAAAACAUGUAUCGUUGCCUUUUUGGAGACAAAUAAGUUCUGUCCUCGAUGUGACGCUCAGGUUCAUAAAACGUGUCCACAGCUCAGCAUCAGAGCUGACAAAACUCUACAAGAUAUUGUUUAUAAGCUUGUCCCAGGGCUUUUCAAAGAUGAGAUGAAGCGGCGACGGGACUUUUAUGCAGAAAAUCGAGAGCUGGAGCCUGGGGAAGUCGUGGAGACGUUUAACAUUGCAGAGGACGAAAUCAUCAGUUUGUCCAUACAGUUCUAUGAGAGGAACAAAAAUAAAGAAAAAACGCAUCCAGAAGUGGACAUUGACAAGUCCAACGGUAAACGGUUUCUGCAGUGUCCUGCUGCCAUGUCUGUCAUGCACUUGGCAAAGUUCCUCAGGAGCAAGAUGGACAUACCCAGCAACUAUCGGGUGGAGGUGUUGUACGGAGAUGAACCCUUGAAGGAUUACUACACACUAAUGGACAUCGCCUACUUCUAUGAGUGGAGAAGAGUGAGUAUUCAACUUUAUCUUGUUAUAAUUGAAUGA